CCCAAAUCCUCCUCCUUUCUUACACUCACCAAGAUUUCCUUUCCUUUUCUUUUUUUUCUUUUUUAUUUUCCUUUAAAAAAAAUAAUAAUUUUCGCAAACUUUUUCGAAAAUAGAAUCUCUUGUUUGAAAACUCCAACAAAUGAACAAACCGAGAAGGUUAGGGCACAAGGAAUAGCACCAGUUGCUCUCUCUCUCUCUCUCUCUAUUUGGUUUCGUUGAAGAUUCUGACGAGAUUGAAUGGCAGUUUGACAAAUUAGGUAUGAGAUGACCCAAGAGGUUGUUGCUGAAAAGAAUUUGGUGGGGAAGCAACUCAUUGACAAGGGUAAGCAACUGGUGGGACAAAUGGAUUCAGCCUCUCAGACAAACUAUCAUCCAUAUCCUAAGCCUCUAGCAACAUAUGAGAAUGUUGUGUCUGAUCGAAAGUUGUUUAUGGAAACUCUUGAGAAGCUGCACUUGAUGAUGGGAACAAAAUUUAUGGUUCCAACUGUGGCAGGGAAGGUGCUUGAUCUUCAUCAGCUCUUUGUGGAAGUGACGACACGUGGUGGUAUGGAAAAGGUGAUAAGGGACAGGAGAUGGAGAGAUGUAGUUGCUUCCUUUAAUUUCCCAUCCACUGCCACAAAUGCAUCAUUUGUGUUAAGGAAGUAUUAUAUGUCCUUGCUAUAUCACUAUGAACAAAUUUAUUUGUUCAAAUCCCAGGGAUGGAACCCACCACCUACAGGCUCGCUGCAAAGUCCACCUGCCCCCUCAAUGUCACCUGGAAACUUUGGUGAACCAUACAAUGAAACUCCGCCUGCUGCCAGAAAACGGAAAAGCAAUGAUUUGGUUGCACCUACAGAUCUGUCCAGACUGGCUGGUUCUCCAGUGACUGGAGUAAUUGAGGGAAAAUGUGAGCAUGGCUAUUUUGUCUCUGUCAGAGUUGGCACAACCAAUUUAAGAGGCAUUUUGUACCAUUUGCCGGGACAGGAUGCUAAGAAAAAGAUUUCUCGUCACUGGCAUAAGAAAAAGCUCAGGAAAAGGGAUCCUGCAUUUCCAAGACCUAACAGGAGUGGAUACAACUUCUUCUUUGCUGAGCAACAUGCGAGGUUAAAACCACUUUACCCAGGGAAGGAUAGAGAAAUAGGUAGAAUGAUCGGUGAUCUGUGGAACAAACUAACAGAUGUUGAAAAAGCUGUCUACCAGGAAAAAGGUGUGAAGGACAAAGAACGGUAUCAAAGCGAGCUUGAAGUAUACAUGAAACAGUUUCACAUAGGGCAAGUUAUCAGUGAUGCGGUGCCAAUUCAACAAUGUCCAGCUGAUACAGACUUGGCGACGGUAGAUAAGGACUCGAAGAUAUUGACAGAUAAUUCAGACAAUAGCACUUCUGAUGGUAGUGAUAAUUCAGAGGGUAAGAAUUUAAAUACCAACUCAGAUACUGAAAUGGUACAAUAGGUGGCUGGAGCUUUGUUGUAUCCGUGAGUCUUUACAGAGAGAUGCUUUUGAAUUGACGAGCGAUGCGACUAGAACAAAGAAUGAACAUGAUCUUCCUUGUUCCGGUGAAGAUGUAGAUAUGAAAUAGGCUGAGCAUUUGAUCAACAAUCUUUGACUGCUAGGCUAGGGAUAUUGAGUUUCUAAAAUGAGAUCCAAAUUUUCACCAGAAUGUAUUAACUGCUCACACAUAUCUGUCAGUGACUAACAAACAUUGUUGUAAUUAGGUAACUUAAAUUUUGGGAUCUUUUUUAAAUAUUUAAAAUUCAACGUUAUAUACUUGGGUUAUACAAUCCAAAU